ACCUCAACUUUCAUCGACAAUCUUCGUCGACGAAACCAAACCCCCCGCUAAUCCAUAUUUUCUCCAACCCCUGGGCCUCUCCGCCGGCAUAAGCCAUUCGCAAUGUUCAAACUGAUUCGGAACCGGCCUUUGGCGAGUGCGACCAGAGCGCUCCAGGGCGCCCCAUUGAGAACUGUUGGUGCUCAGCAGAAGCGUGCAUUGUCUCUUCAUGAGUACUUGUCAUGCAAGAUUCUUAAGGAUUAUGGCGUCGGUGUUCCUGCUGGUGAGGUCGCCAAGUCUGCGGCCGAGGCCGAGGCCAUCGCCAAGAAGAUCAGCGACAACGACAUGGUUAUCAAGGCCCAGGUCCUUGCUGGUGGCCGUGGUAAGGGUACCUUCGAUAACGGUCUCAAGGGUGGUGUGAGAGUGGUUUACUCUCCCCACGAGGCCAAGAUGUUCGCUGAGCAGAUGAUCGGCCACAAGCUCGUCACCAAGCAGACUGGCGCUGCGGGCCGUAUCUGCAACUCCGUCUACAUUUGCGAGCGCAAGUUCGCCCGCCGUGAGUUCUAUCUUGCCGUCCUCAUGGACCGUGCUACCCAGGGUCCCGUCAUCAUUGCCUCUUCCCAGGGUGGUAUGGACAUCGAGACCGUUGCCAAGGAGAGCCCUGAGGCUAUCAUCACCAAGUCGAUCAACAUCCACGAGGGUGUUACCGAUGAGAUCGCUCGCGAGAUCGCUACCAAGAUCGGCUUCUCCCAGCAGUGCAUUGAGGACGCCAAGGACACCAUCCAGAAGCUCUACAAGCUCUUCAUGGAGAAGGAUGCUACCCAGAUCGAGAUCAACCCUCUCUCUGAGACCUCCGACCACCAGGUCCUUGCUAUGGAUGCUAAGCUUGGAUUCGACGACAACGCCGACUUCAGACAACAGGAGGUUUUUGCUCUCCGUGACAGAACCCAGGAGGACCCCGAGGAGGUCAAGGCCGCUGAACACGGUUUGAACUUCAUCAAGCUUGAUGGUGACAUUGGAUGCUUGGUUAACGGUGCCGGUCUCGCCAUGGCUACCAUGGACAUUAUCAAGCUCAACGGCGGCUCCCCCGCUAACUUCUUGGACGUCGGUGGUGGUGCUACCGCUGAGGCUAUCAAGGAGGCCUUCGAUCUCAUUACUUCUGACCCCAAGGUCACUGCUAUCUUCGUCAACAUCUUCGGUGGUAUCGUUCGCUGCGAUGCCAUUGCCAACGGUCUUAUCUCCGUUGUCAAGCAGAUGAACCUCCGUACUCCCAUCAUCGCCCGUCUCCAGGGUACCAAUAUGGAGCAGGCCGCUCAGCUUAUUAACGAGUCCGGUCUCAAGAUCUUCUCCAUUGACGACCUGCAGAGCGCUGCUGAGAAGUCAGUUCAGUUCUCAAAGGUUGUUAAGAUGGCUCGUGACAUCGACGUUGGUGUCGAGUUCACCCUCGGUAUUUAAAUUACCACUUUGACCCCCUUUAUUUCUCCCUCAUGAUAUAGGCCGACUCUGUUAGAUGUUCUACCGCGAUAGCUUCUGACGACGGCCCGAGAUUGUCUUUUGUAUAUCGUUUCAUCUAUAUCGCCUUCGUGUACAUUGCGGUUGUGUGGUCGUCUUUGGUCUUGACGACGUGGCUGGAGGGUGUUUGCAUCCCUCUCGGGUGUCUUUUCAGCAGAUAGCUGCUUUUUGCUGGUGGUAUAUCAAUACAGCUUGUGUGAAUAC